GCCAGAUAUCCAACUCCCUUGAGCCAUCCAUCCGGCUGAUUCUUCUAAUACAUUACUGGAAAUCUCUGGCACAUUUUGUACUGGCAAAAAUGCUUCUUUCCCACUCAUUCAAAUUGUGGUAGGACCCCAAUCAUUUUGUAACAUGCAUGCUAUCUUGAGCCAGUUAUCUGGUUCAAGAUGAUAAAGGUCCAGAAAUGUACUUCCCACUCCCAACCUACUACGAUUGAAGUGUGUAAUUAAAAUUAAAAUUGGAUAUAAAAUAUUAUGGAACCUUAAAAAACUGACAGAACAGAGUAAUCUUUACUGUCCGUCUAAACAAGGUACAAAGUUUGACCUACAUUGGGAGUGAGUUUCAUUGAGGGAUUGCUACUACAAAAGAAAGCAAAAGAGAAAAGACUUGUGUAAUUGACCCACCAAUCUAACCUUGUGAAACUUGUGAAGGCAAGCAAUUCAAACUUUGAGUCAUGAGUUGUUGGCUUAAUUCAUCUUUAAAAUCUCUGUGUUUUGUCCAGCAUUAUUUUAUUAUUGCAUUAAGCCUUUAAAAACAAAACACAACAGCUGCAUGCACCAUUCUUUAACUGAGCAGCCAGUAGCAGUCUUUCCAGAGAAGCUACCAAAGAAGAACAGAGAUCAUUUCAUUAAUAGUGUUUGUGCUCUUCCAGCGGCUACAUCCUACACAAAUUUGUACAAUGUCCUAAACUUUCCUGCUGGGAUUGUGCCUGUCAGCACGGUCACCAAAGCUGAUGAAGAAGAGCUUAAACAUUACAGAGGGCAUUAUGGUGACCCCUGGGACAAGAGGUUGAAAGAGGCUGUUAAAGAUGCUGUGGGCCUCCCAGUGGCUGUCCAGUGUGUGGCUUUGCCUUGGCAGGAGGAGCUUUGCCUUCGGUUCAUGAAGGAGGUGGAGACUCUUGUUCAUGAGAAAAGAACACAAAAAUGAUACAUUAUGCUUCUUCCUGCAGCAACAAUGAAAAUGGAAAGAACAAAACAAUCUAGCACAAUGAAGACUAGAGUAUCCCCUUAACCCAUCUCUAAAGUAUGUUUAGGGCA